AUGGCAACUUCACCCCACCCAGGCGACCAGUUCGAGGUUCCCGGCUAUGAGGCGCACGCUUCGCCCGCCACCUUGAAGGAUCGGAUCAAGCAGCAUUAUGAGAUCGCAUCGGACUACUACUAUUCCCUCUGGGGACGGCAUAUCCACCACGGCUUGUUCAAGUCGCCGACCGAGACCAAGGAGGAAGCUCAAUUGAACCUCAUUGAGUAUCUGCUAGAGAUCUCUGCGCUGCCAGAUAGAAGCGAGGUCCUUGAUGUCGGCUGCGGCAUUGGCGGGACAUCGUGCUUUCUAGCCAAGGAGCAAGCCUGCCGAGUCACCGGCAUCACCAUCAGCGGGAAACAGGUUGAGAUCGCCAAGCGAUUGACCCUUGCAGAAACUUCGCAGGCUGAAAUCGAGGACCAAUCUGGCUUCAUCAGCUAUCAGGAGGGCAAAGUUCGGUUCAUUGAGCUUGACGCGGAGAAGAUGCUGGACCACUUCUCCUCCGGUGAUACGAAGAAGGCAUCUUUCGACUGUGUCUGGGUCUCCGAGGCCCUGUCCCACUUUCCCAACAAGCCAUUGUUCUUCUCCUCGGCGGAGGCUCUUCUUGCCCCAGGAGGAGGUCGUCUCGUGAUUGCCGACUGGUUCAAAGCUCCGGGCCUGAGUCCCGAGCAGGAGAACGCAGACGUCAAACCUAUUGAAGACGGCAUGCUUCUACCCAAGCUUUGCACAGCAGAUGACUAUGUUCGAAUGGCAGAGGCCGCUGGGUUCAAGGUCAAGAGUGGUCCAAUUGACAUCAGUAAAAGUGUUGCCAAGACAUGGGAUAUUUCGUGGAGUCUAGUCUCUUCGCCAUCCCUGUGGGCCUUCGCGAUAGCCCAAGGACGAGAUGGUCUUGCGUUCCUGCAAGCGUUCAGGGCCAUGAGGCGAGGCUACGCCAACGGGACGUUCCGGUUUGCAGUGAUGUGUUUCGAGAAGCCUUGA